AUGCAGUUCACUACUCUUAUCGCCUCUACCCUCGCCCUCGUUGGCUGCGCUUUCGCCGAUGAUGGCCUACCCUCUGCCAUCCUCAACAUCGAGUCUUCUCACGGCGGCGCUGGCUCAGGCCUCAGGAACGCGACUAUCGAGGUCGGAAUUGGUGGUGUCUACUCUGGAAACCCCGUCCUGAACGAGGUCUCUUCCAUCUAUCUCGUCGGUACCACCAAGGGUGCUCAAAUCGAGAUGAUUGUCUGCUAUGGCUACAAGAGCACCGACGGAACUGGCUCGCACAGCACUCCCGUGACCGCCCAUUCUCCGGCGCGUCUCUCUACCAACACGGUCGUGGUUGGCAGCAUUGUCUGCACUGACGGCAAAUAG